AUGUUUCUAACUAGACCCAACCACCUGAGUCAUGAACAGUACUUCGAGCGUAAUUGCGAGUUCUUCCAAGAAGCUCUCCUAAGGGAGUCCCGCUCGCUUCAUCUUUUGGAAGAUCGCCGCCCAGAAACCAUUCUGGCCAUUUAUGAUCUGAUCGUUCAUCUAGAGAUCAUCGGACAGCUCGCUGAGACUAUGGCCAGAAAGUCCCCGAUGUGUCCAACUGUCCUAAUUAGCCCCCCGAGCUAUUUCACCAGUGAAUUCCAAGACUAUUGCCGCGCAAGGAUUUUGCCUGGCUUGGCUAGGUCGUUAACCUGCCUUAGGGAGUCGAGCACUAUCUAUCGCGAUAUUAACUACACUGUCGCUGGUCAAUUGGAGGCGGCUCACGAGGAAAUGGCUUUUGUUCUGGAUAGUCGGGAAUAG